GACAGAGUUCAGAGCACGCCUCAAUGUGGUGGUCGUCGUCGUAGGCCAUGGAGAAUUAAGAAAUAGAUCCAUAACGGCAACGGCCCAUAAAUAACGCACGCGCGGCAUCACCCGUGCAAGCCACACACCAGCUGCAGGCAAGCAAAGCAAGAUGGCCAGCUCCAGCAGCAGAGUGGCCGUCCUCCUCCUUGCCAUCUCAUCUGCAGCCCUGUGCGCCGUCCUUUCGUCGGCCACCGUGACCGUGAACGAGCCCAUCGUGGACGGCCUCUCGUGGAGCUUCUACGACGCGUCGUGCCCCUCGGUGGAGGGCAUCGUGCGGUGGCACGUCACGGAGGCGCUCCGGCGCGACAUCGGCAUCGCCGCCGGACUCAUCCGCAUCUUCUUCCACGACUGCUUCCCGCAGGGUUGCGACGCUUCCGUGCUCCUGUCGGGUUCCAACAGCGAGCAGCUUGAGAUCCCCAACGUGACGCUGCGCCCCGCGGCGCUGAAGCUCAUCGACGACAUCCGCUCCGCCCUCCACCACGCGUGCGGCCCCAAGGUGUCGUGCGCCGACAUCACCACGCUCGCCACCAGGGACGCCGUCGUCGCGUCCGGAGGUCCCUACUUCGACGUCCCCCUCGGGCGCCGCGACGGCCUCGCGCCGGCGUCGAGCAACCUCGUCGGAACCCUGCCGGCCCCCUCCUUCGACGUGCCGACGCUGAUCGAGGCGUUCAAGAACCGCAGCCUGGACACGGCGGACCUGGUGGCGCUGUCCGGCGCGCACACCGUGGGGCUCAGCCACUGCAACUCCUUCAGCGACCGGCUGCCGCCCACCGCCGACGACACCAUGGACCCGGCCUUCAGGGAGAAGCUGACGGCCAAGUGCGCCAAGGACCCCAACGGGACGGUGGUGACGCAGGUGCUGGACGUGCGGACGCCCGACGCCUUCGACAACAAGUACUACUUCGACCUGAUCGCGAAGCAGGGGCUCUUCAAGUCGGACCAGGGCCUCAUCGACCACCCGGCCACCAAGCGCAUGGCCACCCGCUUCUCCCUCAACCAGGGCGCCUUCUUCGACCAGUUCGCAAGGUCCAUGGUGAAGAUGAGCCAGAUGGACGUGCUCACCGGCAACAAGGGAGAGAUCCGCCUCAACUGCGCCGUGCGCAACGCCAGGGCAUCAGGACUCCAGACCGCCGCCGACGAGGGGCUCGCCGCGGACGCCUGAUUAAUUAUUAUCUGUCAGCUAGUUUUGCUUGCCUGUGUAUAAUAAGCGUGUGCAUGCAGUUGUGGUGUUAGUCGGUUGCAAUAAGGAUGUGAGGACGAUCAUCUAGUCUAGUACACAAAUUGAAGGGAGAUUAUAUUUGGGUGUGGAAAACGGUCUUUCAGUUGUGUGAUCCCUUAAUUCCCUCCCUCUCCCCAGGGAUCUUUCAUCCUCUUUUUUCUUUCAAUAAAGGAAAUUUCAUUAGAUUUUAAG